AUGUCUGAUCUUUUCGACAAAUGGCCAUGGUGGAUCACUCGCUUUAUUGGUGCUCACAGCUAUAACAAAAAACCACUCCCUCUUUGGCGUACUUGCAUAUGGGCCUUCUUGGGUGCGUUUGUUGGCAUUGCCAUUGUCGAGAUUAUCUUCACCUACUCGUCCUACUUUCGUGUCCAACAUAAUGUCCCUAUGAUUAUAGCAAGUUGUGGCGCCUCGGCCAUUCUGGUGUAUGGUGCUAUCGAAUCGCCUUUGGCACAACCUCGUAACGUCCUGGGUGGAACGCUUGUUGCUUCUAUUAUAGGCGUGGCAAUCAACCAAAUGUUUCUUCAUAUCAACACACCUGAAGCCGCUGUGGAACAUGUACGAUGGGUUGCUGGUGCUACGAGUGUUGCCAUCACACUUGUGUUGAUGCUUGCUCUAAAGUGCGUUCAUCCUCCAGCAGGUGCAACAACCAUCAUCCCCAUUGCGAUCAAGGAAGCUGGCGAUUUGGGAUGGUACUAUAUCGGUGUCAUGAUGCUGUCAUUGACGGUCAUGGUCGUCAUUGCAAUGAUUAUCAACAAUAUCGAUCGACGCUAUCCUACAUUCUGGUGGACGCCUUCACCUGCUCCUGCAUCACUACCAUCCCCCGUAGCAGCAGCCACUGUAUCCGAUCCUGCUGGUCUGGAAGUCACCUCCACAACCGAAGAUGAAGAACAAAAGCGAACACCCUCCAUCUCAUCGAGUGAGACGCGCUAUUAUAUACCCGAUCCAGCCACUCUCCCUGAUGGUAUCUUGGAUCCAGAAGAACACGAGGUUUUGAAGAGAAUAUACCAAAAGUUACAGCAAUGA